CAAAAUGGCAAGCGAAGUCGGUAAAGUAACAACAGUGAAAGAUAUCCAGGUUGAAAUUGUGGAAGAUAAAAAGCCUGAUGGAGUCAUUUCUAGAUUAAAAUCGUUCGUUAAAAGCAAGAACAAAUUGUUAACUUUAUUGACAAUAAUUGGAGUGUCUGUGGGAUUUACAGCUGGAUUUGUGUUAAAUGGCCUUCAACUAUCCGACUCUGCGCUCUUAUGGAUAGGAUUACCAGGUGAACUAUACAUGAGAAUAUUAACAGCUACAAUAUUACCUCUAAUUAUAAGCAGUGUCAUUGUAGGUGCCGCAUCUGUAGACCCUAAAGCCAAUGGUAGAAUAAGUGCUAUAGCGUUGGGCUACAUUAUUCUUACUAAUGGGUUUGGUUCUUUAUUUGGUUUGAUAUUUGCUGUGAUUAUAAAACCAGGUUCUGGGCAGUCGGUUGUUGAUGAUUCAGUUCAACCAGAUACACAAAACUUACAGACAGAAGACAUAUUUGCUGAUUUAAUCAGGAAUUUAUUUCCGGACAAUAUUGUUGGAUCUACGUUUCAGAAAUCUCAGACUAAGUAUAAAAUUAAACAAUUACCAGGUGUUGAGAAUGUAUCUGGUAUACUGGUUAAUACAACCACCGAAGUUUAUACUAAAAGUGUUGGUACUAUACAGGGCACAAACAUUCUUGGUUUAAUUAUCUUAUGUGCGCUGUUUGGUAUGGCGGCAGGUAGAAAUAAACAAACUACAGAACCUUUUAUCAAAUUCUUUAAAGCAACUGAAACGGUGAUCAGUUUAGUUUUAGGGUGGAUAAUUUGGUACACGCCUCUUGGUGUCGCUAGUUUAAUAGCUCAUGCUAUAGCCAAGGCAAGUAGCAUUGUUACCAGUUUUACCAGUUUAGGAAUGUUCCUGCUUACACUGACUGUUGCUGUAUUUGUCUACGAAUUUAUGUUCAUGCCCUUAAUGUACUUCAUUACCGUAAGAAAGAACCCCUAUAGAUUCCAUCUGACGGCAGUUAAAGCAAUAAUGACUGCAUUUGUGGCAUUAAGCACGGCCAUUGCUAUUCCUGAAAUGAUAAAGUGUGUUGAAAACAAAAACAAAGUUGACCCGAAAGUUUCCCGAUUUGUUCUUCCAUUAGCUGCUGCACUGAAUCGAGAUGGUAGUGCCCUCUUUAUUUGUGUGACGUCAAUAUAUAUUUGUGAAAUCACGGGGAAUCUUCAUACCGGCAAUGUGAUUAUGGUUGGGAUUUUAGCGUUUGUUGGUUCAUUAGCUAUUCCAGCAAUUCCAAGUGCUAGUAUUGUUACACUGAUCAUUAUAAUGUCUUCAUUGGGUGUGCCUCCUGCCAAUAUAGGUUUAAUCAUGGCCCUUGAAUGGUUCACUGAUCGUCUACGUUCAACGAUUAAUUGUUAUGGAUGUAUGAUGUGUACUGCUAUAACUUUCCGCUAUACAAAAGAUUACAUCCAAUCUGACCAGGAAGAAAAGGAUAAAAUACAUCCUCUUAUAGAAGGCACACAUAUGUAACACAAUGAUUGAUUUCCCGAACCUAAAAUUACUAUUAUUAUAUUUUUUACAUAUAGUUUUCUUUAAAGACAUAACUUGGCAGCACAUCUUACAGGUUGAUGUAGGCCUUCGGGUAGAAAUAGGCCGAGUGUAACGAAUUUGAUAAACACGUUCCCACGUUUGUUGUUUCUAAUGUUUAUAAUAUUCAACGUCCCAGAGCUCGUUACUGUUCCUGUCGUCAUUAGCCCAGUCGGAGCAGAACAGUAGGACGUUAAACCCCAUUUCAUUUCGUUACUACACAAGCGAUAUCUACUGUAGAAUGUAUUAUUGGGUGAUAAAUGCAUUUGGCCUCUAAAAGGAAUAACGUGGUUGAGUGUGAAAUUCUGUGAUUUUUUACUGUAACAAUUGACAUUUGGAACACAAGUUUUUGAUUUUAACCAAAUAAAAGAUUUAUAAGAC